CAGAAUAUUAAAACAAUAAUAUAUUAAAAUAAUCAUUAUUAUUAAAAAAAAAACCCCGACCCGUCGGCGAGCCUGCGGCCGUUCGCGUUCCCCCGACCCUACCCGGAAAAGGGUGGAGAGACGCUCGCCCCCGGGGACCCGGAUUCGGCCGUCCGGACGGCCUGUGUCGAGGCCGCCGCCGCCAUGUCGUCUCAGGUCACGCAUCCUCCCUUCUCCACCGUCUCGAAGCCGCUCAUAGAGAUGGUGACUGUGGAGCAAGAUCUGAACUCCCAGAUCGGAGCCGCGAUGUGCCUGGCGGCGGCGAUUGAGGCGGCGCCGGAGCCAGAGGUUGAGCAGCUGAGGAAGGUGUUGCCUAGGCUGGGUAAGCUGGUGAAGGGAGAAGGAUUCAAGGCCAAGACAGAGGACGUAUUCGGCAGACGACGUCGACGAGCUAGAGGUUGAUUCGAAGAAAGUUGCUGAUGUUGGCGAAUUAUUUGAGGGAGAAAGAACGAAUCUGCGCAAAUUAAACACUCCAGGUCAGCCAGAAAUCGAAGAACUUGGUGCUUUGACCAACUGCGAUGGUGCCGGGAAACUCUGUUUUUCGACGUCAGAACAGGGCAGGAGAGAGGUUGAUUUGGUCGGGGCCUUCGGGGCACCUUCGAAAUCAACCAGCGCCGCCGACCUCGUCCAAACAACCCCAGAAAUCUUUUCCCUAGGUCGGAUCGGCUCGAAUCUGUCUGACUUGCACAAUCCAAAUCGAGUUCAUGUACCUUUGGAAACGCAAGAACAAGCAGAAAAAUUAGGACGGGGGCGGAGAGGAAGGAGAGAGCGGCGGAUUUUCCUUUCUUGUCGGUGGCGGCGGUGGAAGGAAAUCGCUCUUGUUGAUGUUGUAGACCGGCGGCUGGUUCUGGCUCUGCGGCGGUUGGGAGGAGGCAGGGGGCAUCGGCGGUGGAGGACUUCUCUUUUGUUUUUGUUUUUCCUUUUUGACCUGCUUAUGUGGCAUUUGUGUUGACUGCCACGUCAGUAUAGCAUCUGCAAAUUCACCAUCAUCUAACGGAAGUGUUAACGGAGACUUAACAGUUGGCUAUUAUUUUGUAUUUCGAUAGUUAUGGAUAUAAUUCCCCGUUUGUUAAUAGUUGUGGAUAAUAUAUUGUAUUAGCCUUUUUUUUUUUGAGAACCAGCUCGAGCUUCUUUGGUAGCCAGUUUAGUGGGUGCAAACCUGUCAGGUUAAGUUAUCGUCUUUCUUAAUGAACUUGAUUCUUAAGAAGAGUAAAAAAAUUGCACACCAACAGCACGAACAACUGGUAGGUUGAUGGAAACAAUAGAUAGAGCCUGAUUUUGCGGAUACUCUUCUUUUAACUCCAAAGCAAGGAAAGCGAAAUAAACAUUUGAAUGAUCG